AUGGCAAUGAAGAUGAAGGGCAUCUACAAAAGCUUCAAAUCGAUCUCUCAAAUAUUUGUUGUGAAAGAAAGAGAGAUCGAAAUUGGGCACCCAACAGAAGUAAAACAUGUGGCUCAUGUUGGCUGGGAGGGCUCCUCUGGCAGUGCUCCUGCUUGGAUGAGUGAAUUUAAGGCAGGAACAGAGCUUUUAUCUCCAAGAGCAUCAUCCUUUAGUCAUGCACGACAUUCAAAUUCUUUCUUCGCCGGUUCUUCAUCCCCCGAUUUUGAUCAGAGCUCAAGCCAACUAUCUGUAUCGGAUAGGCUAAGAGAUGUGCCUCCAAUUCCAUUAGCACUAUCCAAGAUUCAUACUAAGAGCAAGAAUAGGAGAAAGAAACAAUCUUCAACAUCAUCACCAAGAUCCAAACUAUCUCCAAAAUCUUCGGGUUUAUCUAAGUCUCCGUAUAAAUCAACAACAUCUCGGUUAAACUCUAAUGCAUAA